CGGAGGAUUCGCGCUGGAGGUUGAGGCUGUCCAAGUUAACCCGAAGGGCUUUGUUUUAUUAACAUGUCCUUUAUAUGAACAGUUGGGUGACAGAAAUAAAGUCGAUUUAAUAGUUAAGCACACGGUAGGUACUUCCGUUAAAGCGCUGGCCGCGCGGCGCUCGUGUUUUUGGAGGUUUGCGCGUGCUGCACCACGCUUGCCGUAUUCGCGACGAGGCAGCGGUGAACUCGUCGGGACUCUUGUCUUGGAAAGUGCUUUUUUCUGGUUGUUUUGGAUCGCAGGUACAAUGAGUAAGCGGAAGGGGAAAGAAACGCAUAUGCCGAUCGGGGAAUGCAUCACACAGGUUCAAUCUAUUCUAAGGGCGAGGUUCUGCAGUCAGCAGCUCCCUGAAAGGCCCAAGGAAAUGGAGUCUCAGCAUAAACACCUGCUAGAGUUGCUCAGGAGGACAGCGGUCCACGGGGAGAGUAACUCGGUGCUCAUCGUUGGUCCAAGAGCAGCAGGGAAAACAAUGCUGCUGAACUCCGUGUUGAGAGAACUGCUGGAGGAGAAGGAAGUCCAGAAGAACCUUUUACAAGUUCACCUCAAUGGUCUUUUGCAGACAGACGACAGAAUUGCCUUGAAGGAAAUCACUCGGCAGCUUCAUCUGGAAAAUGUGGUCGGGGAGAAAGUGUUUGGGAGUUUUGCAGAGAAUCUUGUCUUCCUUCUUGAGGCUCUGAAGAAAGGGGACCGCAGCAGCAGCCGUCCAGUUCUGUUCAUUCUGGAUGAGUUUGACCUGUUUGCUCACCAUAAGAACCAGACGUUGCUGUACAACCUGCUGGACGUCUCCCAGUCUGCCCAGACGCCUGUCGCUGUGGUUGGGCUCACCUGCAGGCUGGACAUUCUGGAGUUGCUAGAGAAGCGGGUCAAGUCGCGGUUCUCUCAUCGUCAGAUCCAUCUGCUGAGCAGCCUGAAUUUCCAGUUGUACCUGGGACGGGUCCAAGCCCAACUCAGCCUACCUGACAGCUUCCCUGACACCAAGUUUGCCCGGGAGUGGAACAGCAGCGUAAAGACUUUGUGCAAGGACAAGGCUGUCGAGGGAGUUUUGCAAAGACAGUUCAACUCCAGCAAAGACUUCCGCUCCCUGCACGCGCUCCUGAUGCUGUGUCUUAGUCGUGUGACUGUCGCCAACCCUUCCAUCAAACCAGCCGAUCUCCUGGAUGCAAGCAGUCUAUGCAUGGCUGACGCCAAAGCAAAUAUACUGCAUGGUCUGUCCAUUCUGGAACUGUGUCUCAUCAUUGCCAUGAAACACCUCAACGACACCUAUGAUGGCGAACCGUUCAACCUCCAAAUGGUUUACAACGAGUUUAAGAAAUUCCUCCAGAGGAAGUCACGCUCCAUCUACAACUUUGAUCAGCCGGUGGUGAUGAAGGCCUUUGAACACCUGCAGCAGCUGGAGCUGAUCCGACCUGUUGACAGUUCCGUGGCCAAGACGCAGCACGAGUACCAGCUGAUGAGGCUCAUGCUGGACCACUGCCAGAUCAUGGAAGCCCUGCAGAAAUACCCACAAUGCCCCACUGAUGUCAGACAGUGGGGCAUGUCCGCUUUUGGCUGAUGACAGAGAGGGACUCAGCCACAAAAGAAACUAACCAAAUGGACCGCUAAAACACAAACAAGAGACUCUGAGAAUAAUGACCUUCAGAUGAAAGAUCACUGCCUGGAAAUGUUGACUGAGAUGACGCAUGUGUAUGGAUGUGUGUGUGUGUGUGUGAGAGAGAGAGAGAGAUGCAGCGUCUGCAGCUCAAACUCUGAGCAAAUGGUUCCUGGCAUUGGUGCAUAAUUUUUCUGGUAUUGCAUCAACUUGAAAUGAUCAUGCCAAAAAUUCCUGCAUUUGCAUAUCUAACAUGUUUGACACGUAAAAUUAAAAACAAACCUGUAAAGGUAAAGAUGGCAGCCUGGAGCUAAUGCGAUAACAUCAGUAAACAGCAAAUGCUUUUUGUGGAAAUAUGGUCAUGGUGAAUAACGGCAUUACACCGGAAUAAUCUCGCCCACACUUUCUUUUUGCAUGUAAACCUUCCAUGGAAGCUCUUUGUUAGCGAGGAGCUUCCCAGGAAAUGAAUCAACUUGGCUGUCUGAAAUAGGUUUUACCAACAAUACCAGGAUUUGGUCAUAAAGACAGCGAAACUAAAAAGAUUAGAUGUCAGAGCGGCAAACAACAAAGAAGUGACUUUUGCAUACAACCUAGGAAAAAUCACGGCACAACUUGAUAUUAUGCAGUCAUUUUUGUGAUCUAAACGUGUCUUGAUGCUCCUUUCUUGGCUAGGUCCCCCUUUGUAAGAGGGAACUUAAAUCAUAGUGCCACUAUCCACUGGUCGAAGAAAAGAUGAAAUAAAUUCAGAAAACUGAA